UGUUCAUAUAAGGACGGUCUCCCCUGUGUGCAAGAUGCAUGCAUGUGAUGAGUGCUUGUUUUGGUUGGUUGUUGUAUGUUCGUGUUUGUCUCCUUGUGAUAGCACAAAUCUGAUGUCGACAUUAUAUUGCUACCUCUCUGAAGCAUACUAUAACCCUGUCACCUUCUACUGCCAACGGACAAACCUGUCCUCCCACUUCUUAAUUGCUGAGCGUUACGCUGGAAUAGAAACUACCAUUUAUAAAACUCUGGAAUGUCUCUGCCAGGGAACAAAACCAAAAGAAGCCUUACUCAAAUGUGUCGAAUGCAUCAUUUAUAUAUUGUAAAGGACUCAAAUAUAUCAAAAAUGUGACGUUUUUUAUUUUGUCAUAACUGCAAUCACAAUAUCUUUCCCAGUUAUUUAUGCGUUUUAUGCAUAUAUUCUCACGAAACAUGACUUAUAUUCUAACGCAACAUGACAUAUAUCCUCACGCAACACGAUAUAUAUCCUAACGCAACAUGACAUAAACCAUCACGCAACAUGACACAUUUCCUCAAGCAACAUGACAUCAACCAUCACGCAACAUGACAUAUAUCGUCACGCAACAUGACAUAUAUUCCCACGCGAAGUGGUAUAUAUCCUUACGCAUCACGACAUACACCCUCACGCAAUAUGAUAUGUAUCACCACCACGUGGCAUAUGUCUCACGUGACAUGGCAUAUUUCACCACGCAAUAUGGUAUCGAUCUUCACAAAGCAUUAGUAGAUUUCUUAUUAAUCAAAAACACGACUGCAAUCACAACUGAUUGAUUUGUGAUUUGCUUUCAGGUACUCAUGACGUCUACAUCAUGGCAACAGCAAUAAUAAAAACAGCAGAAGAUCAAAUCACAUGUACGAUAUGUCUCGAGAUAUUCGCAGAACCAAAAGCCUUGCCGUGCCUGCAUACCUUCUGUAAAACAUGCCUUGAUAAAUACAUCAUAGAAAAAUAUUCUCAAAAUCGGAGAGGAAAAGGAUACAAGUGCCCAAUAUGCCGACGUCUUGUUUCGGUUCCUCCACAUUUAAAAUAUGAGCCUGAAGUAUGGGCUAGUGAACUGGAAAAUAAUCACUCGGUGGCAUCAAUGAUUGAUGCAUACAAAACAACAAGAGGAAAAACAACGGAAACAUGUUCAGAGCAUCCCGAAAAGGAACUCAAUUUGUUCUGUGUAGAUCAUAAACAGUUCAUCUGUUCCCUGUGUUCUCCUCAACAUCGACGUUGCUCUGACGUCAUCUCUCGUGAGGAGGCACGUGGUGAUGAUAUAUCAACAGAGAAUUCAAUCCAAACCAAAUCGUCAAAAAUGAAAAACCUUGAAGAAGGCAUGAAUCUUCUCUUCGAACAGUGCAACACAAUUGAAAACUUGAUGGAUAAACAACGAACUGCUUUGGGGUUUCUUGAUCAAUCGGAGAGGCAAUUUCGAGCCGAAGUAAUAUCAAUGAGACAGAGAUUGAACAAAAUGACGGAGAAAAACAAAGAAAUAUCACAGGAUUUAUCAACGAAGGGAACAGAAACAGAUCAAGCAAAUAAUCAACAUCAAGACCAAUUUCAGGAACAAGAAAUCAAACUUCCAUACCAAGGAAAACCGUCAUGGAUAACCGGGAUAGCCGUUUUACCGUCGGGGAAACUGCUCAUUGUGGAUCAUACCAAUGAAGCCGUGUUCGCAUUUAGUCUUUCCCUCGAAUUUCUAUGCAAAACCAUCAUCCAUCCGGCACCUUACGACAUAGCAGCAAUUACAGCGCUCCAGGAUCACAUGAUGGUAUCAAUCCCAAAUACACGAGAACUCCUGAAAUGUCAUGUACUAGAGAAUGGUUUCGUUGAAAGUGGUCCAAAGCUGAAAACUAAUAUCGAAUGUAAGGCAGUUGCAUCGGAUGAAGGAAAUGUAGCUGUGUGCUCUAAUGAUGAACUGCAAAUCUUUGAAACGGAUGGCAAAGUCUGGAUGAUGGUUUUAGAUGAAUCUUAUACUGAAACAAAGUUCACUUACAUCACAAUGAGGGCAUCGGAACAGAAGGUUUUCAUAACGGACCACAGCUAUCUAGAGCCGCACAUAAAGUGCUUAGAUUUUGACGGAAUAAUUAUAUGGAAGGUUGCAGAUGGCCGAAUCACCUUCUGUACCGGAAUUUGCGUCAUAGGUACACAGGUAAUGAUGACAUCAUGGGAUUCAGGCAAAUUAUUGACUGUGUCCUUUAACGGCGACAGAUUUGAAACGUACCGCAGCAAUACUGUUAUGUUUCCAUGGAAACUUCAUGUAUCUUCCAUAGAAAAUAUCAUCUGCGUUUCUCAAUACAAGACGACAAUAUCUGAGGAGGACAAACGUACAAUAAAAGUGCUCAAAAUAGCGUGAGUCACCCAUACUGAAUAACAGUAUAUUGACACAACAACAAAACAUUCAAAUGUGUGUAGAAUUUGAUUAUACAUAUAUUGAUAACAACAUCUUUUUUCAAAUAAAUAGUUGGACCAUGUUCCUUGUACAUUAAUGUAAAUUACACUUUUUAUGUAUUCAGAAAAAGUGUUUAACGCGCUGUUUCUUGUAUCAGUUUCCAUCAGUCAGAGCUUAUUCAGCUUAGAAUAUAACCUCAUACCAUUUUUAUUCUUUGAGAUUGUGUAUAAAACCUUGUAAUAUGCUAAUUAUUCUUUUUUUCCAAUUUCAAACAGUAGCAUGUUUUCUUUGCCGAAGGAAACAUACAGCAAUUGACAAAUGUAUCACAACAA